GGCCUCGCGGAGCAUUGCCACCAAUGGCAUCGCACUUUCCGUCGGCUGAUUAGGCUGUUUUUCCUCAUUUCUGAGCAAUGUAGUCACUGAUAAUGGGCGAACUAAUAGCCUGGCAUGAUUAUUUGAAGACGGUAAAGUUCUACAGUUAGUGCUAUGAUCCGCAGUCCUUGUUCUUGCUGCAUUCGUACCCAAAAAUCGUAACCAUUGCCUCACGCACGUUCCACUGAGCGCUGCCAUUUUGUCAACUUCAUAUUAACUCAACAUAAGAGGGCGACAUGACAAAGCGAUCUUGUGUAACCAAAAUUUAUGCGCGAUGCGGCCGAUGUCGACGCUGUCAGCUGAUAACUUCUGAAAAGUUUGUUGCAUUUGAGUUCUGAAAGAGAAAGAAAACGUUACCUGCAUCAUGAAUCCACCAAAGAAGAACUUUUUUGUUCGUAACAGGGUACUCUUUGUAGGAUUAAUAAGUAUUUCACUCAUUCACGUUGGAUGGUUCCACAUUGCCAAUGAUCCUGUCUUCAAUAAAGAAGCUGGACACUCAAAGAAGAAAAUUUCAGAUCGUCUUCCAGCUUAUAUCAAAUCAAAGGCUUUGAAAUCACCAGCUGAGAAGUCCAAUUAGUCAUCACUGGAGUACCAAUACCUGUGCAAUCAGUGGAGAAUUUAGGACAUACCAAAAACUUUUGAAAUUUAAUAUCUCCGAAGGACAUAUUAUUACCAUGGGUCUCAAAAAGAUUAUAAUGGAACACAAGUUCAUGAGUGUUGGAAUUGCUUUGGUCACGACCCACCUUUUGAUCUACAAUGUUCAGAAGAUAGCAAAAACUUCAGCUAGGAUUGAGGAUAGAAAAGAACACGAUACUGUACUUGUUAUUGGGAAAGAUGAGAAGUAAAUCAUCUAGCUGAUCAAGAUGUGUGCUGCAUCUCCAGGAACAAGUAUGGCCUAUCAAACUCCAAAGGAACAAUCUCGCAUCAGCUCUUAUGACCAGCAACAUCCAUCCAACAUCCGUGCUCUCCAAGCCUUCAAAUCCAUCAUCAAAUCUUGCUACGGACCGCAAGGGCACUUGAAAAUGAUUCAGAACCAGUGUGGAGGUCAUGUUACCCUGACUUCCUCCAGCCAGAGACUACUGUCAACCCUGUCCUUAUCCAAACCACUGCUGAAGAUGAUAUCUACAGCAGUGGAGGGACAUCUGAAAGUGUAUUCAGAUGGAGGUCUUCAUGCUGCUCUUCUGGCAUGCUCACUCAUCCAAGGUUGCUGGGAGACAGGACUACAUCCUAUGAUGUGUGUAGCUGUCAAUGAAAUAAUGCAAGACAUAUGCAAGAAUACUAUGAUGUCCAGCGAUAGCUGUAGGAUUCCUGUCAAUGUGGCUUCCAUGGAGACGCUCUUGUCUCUUGUUCGCCCAGUGAUUGCUUCAAAGCCAGGGUGCGGCCUGGUCAAGCGGGACCUUCGCCUGGUAGCAAGAUUAAUCGUACAAUCCUUCAUAUCCUCCAUUCCCAGUGUAGACCACGGUCAGCCACUGACCAUUCCUGAGGUCCAACUCAUCGGAGUAGAGGGAGAGAUGCCUUCAGAGUCACACAUUGUAGAAGGUAUAUUGAUAGAAGCUCCAGAUAUUCCUGCUUUCUUUACUAAGGAUUUACAAGUGCCUAGGAUAGAGACUGGACCUGAUGCUGGGUGUGUUAGAGUGGUGCUGUUCAACAUAUCUCUGUCAGGGGAUAGUGAAGAAUACACUGAUGUUCGUUUUGAGCUGGCCCCAGGAGUGACAGCUGAAGCUAGUAAUCUUAAAGCCAUGAGGGAUCUGUUUGAUCAGCUUGUGGACAUGAGAGUUGGAUUAAUAGCAUGUCAAAAGGUCAUACACCCAUCCAUCAAAAGCUACCUCAGACAGAAGGGGAUGUUAGCUAUGGAUCGUCUGUCCAUCCGUCAUAUUGGAGCAGUACAGCAGGUCACUGGUGCAGAAGUUCUUGGUUCUUUCAGCUGCGCAGUCCCAUCGUCCAGUUUAGGUAAGGUGUCGGAUAUCCAACAUCUUGUCAUGUUUGAUAGGAGCUAUCUUCAUCUCCAGAACCAUUCUUCAUCACUUUGUACACUGGUAUUAUGCAAUCACACCGAGCAGAGUCUGGAGGAAAUGAAGCAUGUUUGUAAUGUAGCUCAUCAUACCCUGGCCUUGACCUUGAGUGAUCCCACCACUGUCCCUGGAGCAGGCUGUCUCCAUGUUAUCCUGGCUCAUCAUAUAAGAGAACAGGUAAUGCACAUGGAUGAAAGCACAUGGAGAGAUGCAGGGUGCUCCAAAAGCCAGUUUCUGAAAUUAUCGGAUACCUUUGCAUCCAGCUUAGAGGAAGUCACCAUGGCAACUUCUUGUACAGAUACCAGCCAUAUUGUGACAGACUCCACAUCUCAUCACUGCUGGUCCAUCCCACGGGAGUCCAUGGAGGAUCCUGAUUGGCUGCAGAGGAUGGGUGGGUGUGGCUGUGGCAUGAAGCUAGCCAAUCAGAUGAGGCAAGGCUCUUGGGGCAUUGUUGGAAAUCUCAAGUAUGGAGAGUACAGGAUGGAAGAGCAAGCUACCAAAGAUGCCAGCAUGACUACAAUUGACACUGCUUAUGGAGAGAAAACUGAAACUAGGAAUGAUGAUGAUCCCACUAGCACAGAUCGGACUGCAUUGCAUAAUGGGAUGUAUGGUCAGAAUCCUUCCAUGGGUCUAGAUAGAGACAGGACUGGCCUGAUCUUGGACUCCUUUGCUGUGAGAUUCAAUUCAUUUUGUGUGGCUGUGGACAUUGCUAAUGUCGUGUUGAGGAUUGGACAUACUGUAGAAGACAUCAACUGAUAUCAUUACUUUAAAUGGACAAUUUACAAAUGGUUCACCUGUCAACAUUUUUAAAGGUGAAGUUCAGCAUUAUAUAUUUUGCAAAAUCCAGCAUUCAAUACCAUUGUUGACUCAUGUUGUUAUCAUGAUAUAUCAAUUCUGUUGUUCUUUUUCUCUUACAAUUGAGCAGGGUUGGGCUCAAUUACAAGGUAGUUGAUCAAUUAUGUAAUUAAUUACAUUUUUUCCAGUAAUUGUUAUUUAAUUGAAGUUUUGAACGGGAAAGUAAUUGUAAUUGAAAAAAAAAAGUAAUUUACUUCAAUUACUUUUAAUUACAUUCAAUUAGUUUACAAUAAAUUUACUUAAUUUAUGAUUUAAUUUCUUGGCCUUUUUCAUGUCAACUGCUUCAGCAUCAAAGAGAGUAACAGGGAGAAUCCGUGCUCUUUAACCUAAACCUUCAUCUUUUCAGUUUCUCCGUAAAUAGGUGGUAAUAUGUUAAGAAUAAAAAUUGGUGUCUGUUAUGACUUUUCUAGAAAGCAAUUGAAGUUUUAAUUGACAAAAGUAAUUGGUAAUUGUAUUUGUAAAUGAAAAGUAAUUGUAAUUGAACAUUUCUUCAAUUAUGUACUUGUAAUUGUAAUUGAAGAAAGUAAUUUAGCCCAACCCUGCAAAUGAGUGAUAUCAUUUUAAAUUCUUGACAUUCUCCAUAAUGUUUUCACCUCUAAUUGUCAAGAAAAUUCACCCAAUAUCCAUUGACCAGAAUCAGCUUUUCAUUUUCUAGUUGCCUCAAGCUGAUCAAUGAAUAGCUUAACAAUAAAUUAUUUGCUAGUAGGUCAGUCUCCCAUCAGUACAUGGGACAUGCAACCUUUUGGAUCAAACAUGACAAAUUUUUGUAUUUUCAUUGUAGAUUUAAUAUGUCUGUGCAACUGCUUCAAAACAUGUUAUUUGAUUUUACUCUUCAAAAUCUAUUUACCUGUGUGUGUGUUGUACUCUAACAUGAACAAGUUCUGAAGCUGUUGACAGAACCAUUUCUGAAUUAUCAAAUGAAAUGUGCAAUCUUUAUCAUGCUCAGUUGCCUCUAUGUUUAAAUGCAGUUACAGUAGUUUUUCUACAGUAUUUUUUAGAAUACUAAAUGCAGUUAAUUUUUUUUAUUAUUAUUUACCCAUAGCCAUUUUAAAAAACAAAUAUUUCUUUCAAUAUGUCUUAUGUUUCAUGUAUCAAACUCGCUGGCAUAUUUUCAUUUAUGAUCUUUUAAAUGUAACUAGAAAGAAUCAAUUGUCAACAUGAUAAAUCAGAUGUGGUUGCCAAUUUGAAUAUGAUAGAAACUGUCUCAAAGUGACUGUAAAAGGCUUUUUAUAUUGUAUUUUUAACAAUAGGUUUUUUUUUGUUCCAAUAGUUAUGUUUUCAUGAGUUCUGAUACAAUUUAAGCCAGUCAGAAGUGAAAUAAUGAUUGCUAGCAGAGAAAUUAUUAUACUAAAAUUUUACAAAUGUGCAUAAGCACCUGCCCUAACUAUAGCUUUGAAAAUGAGCAGAAUACUCACAGAUGUCAACACUAAUUUCUAUAAUAACGCAACAAAUUUUAAUCUAUUAGAAUCAUUUGCUACCUAAUUAUACUGAGGUCAUUAUUGUGCAUUCUGUUUGAGCCAAUUUUAUGAUUACCUCAACUAGAAUUUAUCUGUAUGUAAGAGUUAAUGCUCUCCUCACUUUUAAUGAUUUGUUUACAAUUGUUUGUGUAAGUGUGUGUUCACUCCUCUUGCAAAUAAACAUUACAAUUAUAUUUUGAUGUUUGAAAUGAAAUUAUCUCUUGCUAAUUAAUGAAAGUUCAGACUACCAUUCCACAAGGAUGAAAACUGGAGUCAAUAAAUGACAGUCUUUGCAGAAUCAGAAGAAGGUGUUGAUAAUUUCAAUUAGAGUUCAAUUCAGUACAAGCGUCUUUAUUUCUCAUGUGUCAAAUGUUAAAGGUAACAAUAUAACAAAAAAUGAUGCAUAAGGUUUGAGACAAAUUGGCAAGAAAUCUUAGAUACAUAUACAAAAUCAAUAGCUUGAUUACACAUGAUGUAGAAAACAUGUGAAACUAGGCACUAAAAAAGAAGCAGAGCUUGACAAAAUUUAGUACCUCUGAGAUUUGAUACAAUUUGUAAGUCAUAUAAUCAAAAUAAGACUAUAUAUGUAAGAUUAUUGACCACUUUACAUUGCCUUAGAAAAAGAAAGAACAUCAAUUUUAAAAGUUUAUUAGAGAUAACAACUUUGAGCCUCCAAAUAUAAUGCCAUUAUUAUUUUUUCUGACUCAAACUGAUUUUUGCAAGAUGUUGUCUAUUUCAUGUAUUACUUUGAUUCAAGAGGUUUUUUUCAAAUAUAAAUACUAUUGAAUGUGGUAAUAGAGUAUAAACAUAAAUAAUGCACUGAUGUCCUUGAGUAGAUUUGAUGGCAUGGUAUGCAUCGUAAUCUGAAAUCUAAUAAGAUCUCAAAAAAGAGUAUGACACAAACAAUUUGUGCAUGACUGAAUUGAAAGGUCAAUUAUGUAUGUUGUAAUUGAGCAUGAGUAUAAAGAAAAUAAUUUAAUUAUGCUUUUUAGACAGGCUCAUACACUGUUGGUCAUAAAGGUGGAAUAAAAUAUUUUUGAAUAAAAAUCGACAGUUUUGUUGGUAUUUGAAAGGCUACGCGUAGACAAAAUGGUAAUUGAGUGAUUACAUAAUCAUGAUAACGUUUCCCCAUUACACAGGUGACAUUAUAACAUGAGAAAUUUUGAUUACGUAAUAAAUUAUUUUGUUGUAGACUAUAAAAGCCUAUGCAUAUGAUAUUCUGUCCCUUUCCCUGA